AUUUGAUAUAAUAUAAAAUAUGAUAUAAUAUUAUAAAAGGGGAACUCAAGCAAGAGACCAAAUAGAGCAGCAGUAGCUGCUAGACAAGAUCGGGGGUGGGAGCAUGAAAGAAUUGAACUUCUCUAAAGAAUAAAAGGAAAUAAAGGAAAGGGAAACAUCAAAAUGCUUUGUAUCAGAAACCAAAUAGGGUGCCUUCUUAUGAAACAAGAUAUUAGGACACCGAAUCUAAUCUGACCUAAGCAAUGGCCUGGAACUGAUAUCACACACAAUUCCUUUAUUAGAAGCAUUAGGCUAUAUAUUAUAGUAUUCUUAACGUGCAAUAUAUGUGUUGUACAAAGAAAAAAGGAAAUUGGGUGGCGGACUCAUUUUAGAUUGCGGCGCGGGAUUUGGUUUAUGCUUGUGGUAAUGUGCAAGUCAUGCGUCAUGACUUGAGCAACGCCAAUUGCCUCCCUGCCUGCCAAAUCCGUUUGUUUUGCCUUGCCUUUGGUAAUAACCUAACCUCCCUUCUUCUCCCCUCCAAACAGGAGAAGGAACUGAUUCCUUAACAAGACAUGAUGACAUGAGUUGUGAAAGUGCAACCAAUUUAUUUUCCAUGGGCAGCCCUUUUUCUUCCUUGGACAACCAUAUUGAUAGCUAUGGAGAUGGAAGAGUGCAACAUGCUUGCUGCUGAUUGUAUAGUCAUAUGCUGCUGUAGCCAAUGCCUGAUUCUCCAGAUCAUCAUCUUUGUCUUCCUCAAAUUUCCUGCCAAACUCAUUAAGAAAACCAAACAAUAUGCCAAGAAGAAACUAAUUGGACGGCGAAGAAAGGAAGGGAAGAUGAAGGAUGGAUUAUUUCAAGAAGUACAACUAGAAGUAGUUACAAAAAGUUGCAUGAGCAUGAGUAUAGAAUUAAGGCAAGCUGGUUUUGGAGAUGCCCAAUAUGGGGUUCAAUGUUGUUGUAUACAGGAAGCUGAGAAGGUGUUGGAGGAGCUGUCUAGUAGAGGGGAGUUUGCAUUUGGAAGCUUUUGGGGCAGAUCACUCCACUCUGACACAUCCUCCUCACCAUCAUGUCAUCUACCCAACGGAAGAUUUGAUUUUGUAGAGUGCUAUGAGUUAAUCGACAUGUCAUCUUUCAUUUCAGCUGCUGCUACCUGCUAGCUCUCUUCAUGAUUUUAUGACAUUCAAAAUACUGGACAAGUUUGAAAAUUUGUUUAGGGGACCGAAAUUAAAUUGUAAUUUUUAUGAUUGUAAAAACGUAAUUUCAUUA